AAGAGAUCAAAGUUGGAUGAAUCCAUGUGAAAUUGCAAAUGGCGGCAGUCAUAAACAAGAAAAAGAUUGCAUGAAACUAAAGUUGCAACAAAAAUUCCCAGCCAAAUGCACUUUGGACAAUGGAGAAGUGUGUUCAUGUUUCCAAGAUACGGCCAGCGUGGGACCAUUCUAUACUGAUACCAGAGAAGUGGCUCUGCUAUAUAUGCCGAACCACAGAGAGUGUUUGGGCAUGUCUUAGCUGCCCAAAUGUGGCGUGUGGGCGGUUUAAUGAGAAACAUGCCCUCCAGCAUUACCAGGAAAGUCAUCAUCCAAUUAGCAUUGAAGUUAAUGAAAAAUAUGUGUAUUGCUAUGUGUGUGAUGACUAUGUUAUGAAUGACAAUGCUGCUGGAGACAUCAAACUCCUGCGGACUGCACUCAGUGCCAUUGCAACACAGAAGUUCACACACAUUGACAUGCGUGGAAAACGCUUGCUCCGAUCUUACUCACACUCUGGUGUUGUGCAGAGGGACACAGCAGAUGAGACAGACAAGUUGGCCACUGCGGACUGGCACUUCAGACAGCGAUUGUUGGCCCAUGUAUUUAGUGCCUGGAGAAACUUCAUCAGACAUCAGAAAUUGCGGCGGAAGCCCAGCCCUGGUCAGGAGGCAACAGAGUCGAGGGUCAUGGUUAUGAGAAGAACCAUUAUUCCAGGGGUGACCGGGCUACGUAACCUGGGAAAUACAUGCUACAUGAACUCAGUGCUACAGGUCCUCAGUCACAUUGAGGCAUUCAGAGACUAUUUCCUGAAGAUGAACUACAGUUUUGAUGCGAGUCCGGACGGUUCACCGCACGUGAAGCAUGUGCCACCUGCAAGCACUAAGUCCUCUCCUUCCGGGCACUACACUCGCCAGUCCACCAUUGAUUGUUUCCAGCACCUGAUGUCAUCUACACCUUCUGUUAAGAAGAGGCAGUCUGGGGGACUGAACGGGGGAUCAACAGUCUCCACUCCUGUCAAAUCACAUCUCAUAUGUAAUGUGGAGUCACAGAGCAACAAGGGGACCAAUGUGUCCCUCUGUGGGGAGCUACACGGGCUGUUCCGGGUUCUGUGGUCGGGCAAGUGGGCCCAGGUCAGCCCUCACGCCUUCCUGCGGGCUGUAUGGCAGGCCAUUCCAAUGUUCAAAGGAUAUGCUCAACAUGAUGCUCAAGAAUUCUUAUGUGAGUUGCUGGACAAGGUACAGCAGGAGCUGGACUCCCUCUCCCCAGCCCCCAAACUGCCUCCGACCCCUGGACAGCGAGACACGCACUUCCUCUCACUACUCUUCCAGGGACAACUUGUAUCCAGGGUGAUCUGCCAGUCAUGUGGAAAUGAAUCUGAGACGUUUGAACCAUACAUGGACCUGUCACUCGAAUUCCCGGACCGAUACCAAAUAACGAAGCAGAAUGCACGAGUGGCGGAGGAUAUCUGUCACAUCACAGAGAUGCUGGCAAAGUUCACAGAGGUUGAACAUCUGGAGGGCAACAUCUAUGCAUGUGAAAAAUGUAACAAGAACCGAAGGAAGUCUUCCACAAAACUAUACUCAGAGGCCACUAAACAACUUCUGAUCAACAAACUGCCCCCAGUUUUACGCCUCCACCUUAAACGCUUCAGGUGGUCAGGGCGUACCCAUCGUGAGAAGAUCAGCACCCAUGUGGCUACUGACGAGAAGCUGGACCUGGGCCCAUUCUGUUCGGGGAGCGCAACAGGGUCAAAGGAGGGGGCUGAUGAGAUGACCACUGCUCACUACCAGCUUUUUGGGGUCAUAAUCCAUCAUGGCAAGGGCUUUGGCUCUGGCCAUUACACGGCCUACACUUGGAACAAGGAAGCAAGGUCUUGGGUGAACUGUAAUGACUCUAGGAUGAUCCUGUCCAGUUUGGAGGAGGUGCUCACUGCCCAGGCCUACAUAUUGUUCUACCAUACUGUUGGGUCAGAUGCCCCAUCCAUUUACCCCACCACGCCUAUCAGCAGGGCUUCCUCAAUGCACAGUCUCAAGUCAGAAGCUACUGACAUCCUUUCUGACUCGGAAGAAGUCCCUGUUUCAGUGACUGCCUCUGACUGUUUAUUAUCAAUGCCAAUCAUGGACUAUUGUCAGAGCCAGUCUUCUGGAGGAACUGAGAAGUAUUCCCUUAAAGUGGAUGGGACUCAAACUAUGACUGAUUCCUCUUCUGUUGACACAUCUGUUUCUUCAGCCUCAGAUUCCUCACUGCAUAUAGUGAAUGGAGAAAUCCCUUUUAUGUUUAAUGAUUCUCCGGGUGUUUCACACAAAAAUGAGACUGUUUCGACAAUAAGAAAUAUCAGCAGUCCAUUAAAAAUGAAAACAUCUGGGUCCUCUAAAACAAGAAGUGGUAGAAAUUCGAGUCUGACAAGGGGUAAAAGGCGUAUCUCUGAUAGUCAGUCCGACGGCAACGAGCCUUCAAAUCCAAAGAAGGCCCGCAAGCUUUCAUUUGGAGCUUCAGUGUUUUAUACCUCACCAAAGAGAGAUGGCUCAGGUAGAAAGUUGCGUAGAUCUUUAAGAUUGAUAAAGCUGAACCAGGGAUUUGCCAAAUUAGAUGAUAUUCUUGCAGAGAAAAGUUCAAAUGAGGAAGAAUCUGAAAAACACAUUAAAAGAAGAAAAUCAACAUUUUGGUGAUGUUCGCUGAUUAUGUUAAGCUUGGAUGCUUAUAGAUUAAGUGCUUUGACAGUGUUUUAUCAUGUCUGUGAUUACAAUUACAAUUCAAAAACUUGUAAAUAACAUUACUAAGAGUUUAUGUUAGUAAGAUGUUACUUGUAGAACCACAAGAUUAUACAUGCAACUGGGUCAGUAUUCCAGUAUUCAUGAUCUGUAAAUCUGAUUAUAUGUUACUUUGUAGAUACAAGUCAAAAUUAAAUAGGAAACAAAUAUUUUCAUGGAAGUUUUUAUAUGGUGGGAUUUCCAUUAAAACCUCAAGGAUCAACAGAUGGUACAGAUUGUGUCUCUAAGAUAAAGACAUACUCUCUUCAUGCAUGGAUAUUAUUUAUGUAUUAAACUCACCGGUUAGAUUAAAUGCUCAGGAAUCAUUAUCAUUUAACAUUUCAUUUCAUUAUGUAUUUCAGAGUUAUAUUUAUAAAUUUCAACAUUCUGUUCAAUGUGCAUGUACAUUCAGAAAGUAUGUGAAGGAGUAUAUGGUAACUUGCAUAAUUAUAAUAGGGAAUGCAUACAAGUAGAUGAUUUAAACAAAUUAUCAAUUUUGUGCUCUCACCAUUUUCUGUAACAAUAUAGGAUGUCAGUGUCAUAAAGUCAUGAAAAACUAAUUAAUGAGCAGUUUCUUUGCAUGAUAGCUGUAUAGUGUACACUCUUCACUUUUGUAAACGAAAUGACUAUUCGAGGGUUGUCCAGAAUGUUCAUUCACACAGCUGUACAGAAACUUAACAAUUUCCUGUUUGAUUCAGAUUUAAAUGCUAUGUUGAAUUAUUCCUCUUUAUAAAAAAACAAACAUAUUAAGUUUUAUUUAACAUUGAUUGUUGCUGUAGCGUUAACGCCCUUAAGCAUACUUAGGAGUUAAAAGGAAUAUGUUUGUUUCCGGUUUCAUGCCCCCCAAAAAACAGGGUUGGUAGGUCUGAAAACAAGUUUUUAAUUUUAAUGUUGUUGUCGUUUUUAAUUAUUAGGCAAAAUGUUUAUUGACAUUUUUCUGUUACCAAAAAACUACAAAUUAUAUGCUUACCAACACCCAUACAAUCAGUAAUAGCAACAUUGGAAAUGUUAAAAGUAAAAAAAAAUCAUUUUGAACAAAUGAUACAAAUAUUUCUCAAUGCCAUAAAAAGGUUUACAGUAAGGUCAAGGCAAAUAAAUAGGGUUGUCUGGGAAAACAUGUAAUGUAAGAAAUCAGCAAAGACAUAUGAAAAUUAACUCCAGUCAUUUUAUUAAAUUGUGUAUGAAUGAAGACAUGUGUUAAAGUAUUUACCUUUGGAGUGGGUCAUUAUUGUAAUUGAAAAAAAAUAAAUAAAGUAACACAGAAAUAGAACUGACAAGAAUGAAAGGGAAAAUGAAGCAGUUUAUAACAUACAAUGCAAAAUUAUGUCAUCAUGCGUCACAUUUCAGAUCAAAGUGGUAUACAAUGGCAUAUAGGUGUCGUUCAAGAUUCAGCAUUUCAUCAUUGCCGUAAUGAAUGGAAUUAAUCCAAAAAAAAUUGUAGCUUUUAAUAACAACAAAAAGGAAAAUACAUUACUUAUCAUGGACUUUUUGGGCAACCUUUUUUUCGAUAAAUGAAAUCAUAGAUACCAUACAUAUAUCUCCCCACACACACUGGCUCUCACACAUGUCAUGCAGGCAUUGCACACUGGCUCUCACACAUGUCAUGCAGGCAUUGCGGACUAAAACAACCAUCUAGUUUCUUGCAUUCUUUUAAAUCAGUGUGAUGAUGCUAUGUGUACCAGAUGUUGUAUUUAUCAUCAAACCUCUGAUGAAUGAAAGCGAUUUCUUGUUGUUUUAUAUACCUUUAUCAAUGCAAAUGGAAAGAAACUAUUGUACAUACAUGUUUAAUUCAUUAUUUAGAUAUAUCUGCAUUGAAAGAAAGUUAUUCUUUUAGGUAUGUUAUUUUUUUAGCGAGUGAUAGGUCCACCUAUGGUAUAGGUAUAAAUAAAUUCAUGUUUUUAUUUUAAUGUAUUCAUUAUUUUUGUAUUAAAUAUUCAUUAAUUUGGAUUAAAUGUUUUCAUUAUUUUUGUAUUAAAUAUUCAUUAAUUUGGAUUAAAUAAAUUCUUUAUUUUUGGAUUAAAUGGUUUUGCACAUCAACUUAUGAAGCCUACUGGUGCCAUAGCAAACUAUAUCUAAUGUUCUAUGCAAACUUUACCUUCACCAUUGAGACAUCAUUUUCUGUUUUGUUUUAAGAACUAACUCCCAUGCCAUAUCCAAAAUGUUUAGUGUUACUAAAAUAUUUUAAUUUCAUUUUACACAGGGUACUCAAGUCAAAUUAAUUGUAAUAAAAACAUGAAACAUUGA